CAUUUUCUCUCGUCACCACCUUCACGCAUGAUCUCCCCGCGACCGUAGUUUUCGAAUUGGAUUCUCAAUCGAGCCUGUCCCGGGUGUUGCGAUCGCUCGGGCCUCGAAUUAAUUAAUCCCAUCACCGAACCCCUUGUCUCUUGUAUUAAGCCGCCCCCAGAGAAAUGUCUGGGGUUGAUAUUUCGUCACCUUUGUACCUUUAAAACUCAGGGUUCAGAAUGUUUUGUGCAACCUGGAUGAAUUCAACCGAAUCACUUUGUUGUGCUUAUUGCGCGCCGCGGAUAUGAAAGAAUAACCCAGUUUCCAAUGUUAUUGCUCCGUUGGCCAAUGCUUGAUUGCCUGUUCGGCGAGCAACGAAAACCUCGAGCGUCUCUCCGUAUUCGAAAUUCGUGCGUGUAAGCGAAAAGGAAGUUGGAUUGUCAGGGAAUUUGGGCUGAUCGAUGUUGUCGAUGAAAGAAACGCCAUUAUCGAGAACCCUGCCGAUAGCGACAGAAUCAUUAGGGCGGAGUGUCUUCUAAUUAUCUUGAGCACUUGAUUCGGGGGAUGGAGAAGGGAGUUGAAGAGGAUGGUGCGGUAGAGGGUUGUAACGUUGAAUUAGAUCUCCCCAAUCGUGUCUCCUCGCAUCGACGUCCUCCUUAAAUACUUCCCACCGAAGAUCGAUUUUCCACCGUCAGUUCCCGGAGAUCGUUUCGCGGCUCAGGUAUUCAUCGAGCUCGAUUAAUCAACAUUCCCCGCGUUCUUCCUUGACGUGGUUUCGCUUGACAUAAUAUCGGCUGACGCGCAUCCGCGGGAUCACGUAUAUGAUCGGUCGUGACAAUUCCCCCGGACGGAAAAUGUUUUUCGCGCACACCGACCGAAAUAAAUCGAGAACUUUGCGAGGAAAACAAUCUUCGCGAGCCUCGGGAAAGCAAAGAUCACGACUGGACAGCGUCUAGAUGCACCGCAGACGACGCUAAUAUAGUUUUCGAUCGCUAGCGACGGAAACAACAUGCUUCCUGAUCAUUUUUUCUCUUGAUAUCCCCUACGCGACGCGUGUUUUUCCUCGUCCCCUCGCUUUCCUUUUGUUUUCUUCGACCCGAUCCAUCGUCAAAGAGGAACCCAUCGAUCGAUCGGAACGUGGUCCUGAAAUUCACGAUUGUUUGCGCGGCUCCCGGCCACGCGCCGUAUCAUCGUAGCGCACGCGGGGACUCCGUCGCGAUCCAAACGGAGCGCAUUUAUACAAAACAGAUCAAUAAGCAAGUAAAGAAGACGCGCUCGCGUUUAUCGAGCGCAUUCAGGAGAGCCUGCGGUUAGCCUCCCGUCGAACGCUUCGCUUGACGGACGCUCGACUCCAUUUUGGGAGAUGUGCGCGGGGUAGAGGCAUUGUUGAAGAACGGUUUCGAUCGACUUUUCGAGCAUUCUCGACGGUUCCGUCGGCGGUGUUCACCGUUCAGCCGGGAUCUCGAGCUUCGUGUCUGGUCGAUGCACCAGGAGAGAACGUUAGUAAACGGAUAAGCGGAUCGGGAAACGAUUUACGCCCUUCCGUUCGGCGAUCUUCCGCGCGAAGGUGAACCGGACGGCGAGGGUUCUGGGCUGCAGCCGUUGCUGCUGCCGCGACGGCUUCCGGUGCUGCCUGCCUUCAAGCGGACCAUUGUGUCUAGGUGACGGAAUCUGAAAUGAAUGAUUCACUUUAUUCCUUCUUAACUUGCCGCGGAGACAAUGUCGUAUUCCUUUAAUCCACAGGUAGCUUUUGUUUUAAGGAACCAGGUGAUAAAUGAGAGAAAUCGAACUUCCAUCUUCAAGAAUUCUUUAAGAAGGUUGUUCAGUACCUGAGCGAUAGUUCGCUGGUAUCGGCAGCGUCCCUCGCCUGCAUGAGAUACGCUAGAGGCCACGAUAUCCACGAACGUCUGUGAACACCAUACAGUAUCGUCGUUAAUGUCCACGUCGGGAUGUUCAGGCGAAUGAAAUCAUUGAUGCUUACGUUGUCGGAUGAGGAUUCGAGCCGAUACCACCGAUCGUUGCCUGAGUGUCCAGUUUCGCUCCAGUCCUGUUCGGAGUCUUCGUGAAUCCCGGCUGAAUCGCGGGAUCGGACACCAUUCGGACGAAGAAGGACCUUCUCUGUUCCAGAGUGGCUUUCCUCUUCUUCUCCCGGAUGUCAGCCAGUUCAUCCAUGACAUCCUGCGAUUUUAAAAGAAACGCAAAGCUCUCGUAACCCUGAGAAACCCGGAAAAAUCGAGCGAAUAUUGUGUAUUUUACUCACUUUCGAUUCCAACAGCUCAGCCAGGUAAUCAGUGAUGAUGCUCCAGGCGAUGUCUACAAUACGAAAUUGAGCAUUAAGCACGUAAAGAUUAGGUACGUGCGAAGAAGAUAUUACGAACCGACGUCAGAAGCGGUGGCAUUCGGCGCAGCGAGCGCAAAACGAAUUGUAAAGCGUUGGUUCACUCUCGCCGGCACCAUGUGCAGCUUCCCCGAGUCGUUUAUGGCACUUAAGAGCUUCUGGUUCAGCUUGUCGGAGCCUUUCGCGCGGAAGCAGACCAAUCCCAGCUGAAAUUCAUCACAAUGUUGAUGGGUAGAUCGAAACUGAAGAAGAACAAAUGGACGAAGAACUUGAAGGAGGAGCCGGAGGAUUCGGGAAUUCCGAUACCUAAUUUACCGGAGAAGUACCUUUUAAUGCAUGUCAAAAGCGGUACCAAGAUUAGGAAUGUCCUUGGGUACGCGCUGAAAGAAUUCCCGAAUUGCAGCAGCGUUGUGUGGACCUCGGCUGGCAAUAGUGUAGGAAAAGCCAUUUCUUGCGCGGAACUGUUCAAAAAGAAGCAUAAAGGACUUCAUCAGAUUACAAGCUUGCGUUAUACUCGGUCGGAAAAGUCCAAAGCGAAGAGCGAAAAUGGCGCUGAGAUGGAGGCUCGACACGUGCCGGAAAUAUACAUUUUAUUGGCGAAAGAAGUGAAAGAUACCUCAGUACUUGGUUAUCAGGCACCCGACGAUAACGGGAAAUUCUUGAAUGAAGAAGACGUGAAAGAUGGGAAGAAAGGAGGUGGCCAGGAAGCUGGUGGUAAUGUGACCUGCAUUGACGCCGAGGAAUUCGCAGUAAUGGGAUUGAGGACCGGUCAAAAAAGACCGAAGAAAGAACAGCAAGCGGGAACGACGUCGAAGAAAAGUAAAAAACGAAAAAACGAUAAUCGAUAGUGAAAGGGAGAAGAGUACUGUAUAGCAUUAAAUGAUCGCAUAACAAUAUGUUCCUGUCGUCUGCCCCGUUCAUGAAUAUUUCCGAGUUCCUUAUUUACAAAUUGUUUGUUUUCCGUAUGUACAAUGUUGCAUUCAAAAACGGGUAUGCACGAGUAUCGCGAACUUAUAUAUAGUACGAAAAUUCAGUGCCCUUCGAAUAAAUUCGUUCUGCGAAUUUUUAAAAAGGAAAACAAGAACAUUCUGUCGUAUUGCAAUUGUACCGCAAUAGUAUAAGCUAUCGCGACGUCGCAUCGGCAUAAUAUAUUGCUAAUUAAAAUCUUGUGGCACUCACCACUGGUCAGAAUUCGGAGACAGAAUGUUUUACAAUUCUUCCAUGAGAUCGUAUUGGAAAAUUCAUAAAGGGUUAUUUAUGAAUUAGCUUACGGAAAUCUUCCACAAUGAAACAGAAAACCGCAGAUGCAUUUAAUUUUAUAUUAACCGCUGGUGAAGUCUAUCUAGUAGAGCUUAUACAUUCGGCAGUGAUGUAGAUAAUUAUCUGGCACUGAUAUUGCCUGGUGAAAGAACUAGAGAAUACUUUCAACUUCAUGACACUUCCGAUACUUUCAACUUCCUAAUGUAUAAUCAGCUGUCUUCGUUCAAAUGAUUAAAAAAUAAUUUUUUUUUGUUAAUGUUGUCAAAACUGAAGUAUAACUCAAGUAAAAAUUAAUAUUAUUGCAAUUUAAAAAUUAGUAUCAUUAAAACUGUAAAAUAUUUCUAUAGCCAAUCAGAUAAUGAAUUAAUGAAUCAUUAAACGUUUGUUCAUGAAACUAUAGCUUCAUGUUUACUCGAAUUCCCUAGUCUUAUUUUUAUAAAUGCAAGAGCUCUGGCAAUAUGUCAGAACUACAUACAUUAUUCUUAUGUCUAACAACUGACAAUAUAAAUAUGACUUCUUUCAAGUGUAAGUUAUUAUUAACAACAGGAGAGAAGCUUUGUAUUCCAGUUUCAUUACCAUACGAGAUAAAUAUUAUAUAAAUAUUUAUUACCAUCACUGCCUUUAAUAAUGAUGUUGAAUAAGUAUUCGUUUAAUAUUGUGAUUAUAAUUACACCAAAUUGAUGAAUUGCUUUAUAUUAUACGGAAUAAAUCUAUUUUCACAUCAUAAAUACUUUAAAAGAAAAUCAGUAUUAAAAAUCAGUCGAUUAAGCUUACUUAUUAAUUUAGUUAUAACUUACACCUAAUUUUAUAAAUGAAACAACUUCAUGUGCGAAAAACGUUUUUGAAUUCCUCUAUAAGUAUUAAUUUAAAUAAAAUCAAAUAUUUUUACAAAAAUAUACAAUGCUACGGAAUCUACCUCCAGCAAAAGAAAGAUUUAACUCGAAUUUCUUGUUAUUAAUAUAAUAUUUGUAUGGAUGAGUUAUUCAUGUAAUAGUACAUAGAGACAAAAAUUCAAUGACACAUAAUUACUUUAAAUUCAAUGUAUUGUAGAAAAUAUAAUGAAUAAGAAGUGUAUCUCCAUAUGAAAAGACUUGGUAACAGUUUGUUUAUGGUUUCAAUGGUCUUCAUACAUUAUAAAUCUGACAUAUUUUAGUGAUAAACGAAUACUGUAAAUGUGAUUAUGAAGCAUGUAAAAUUGCUUUAUACAUUGAAUUGUUUUUAGAAAAAAUGGAGAACAAGAAAUUGUAGUGUUAAAUUUAGAAAUUCACAUUUCAUUUCAGGUGGAAUAAUUACCGACCCGUUUCCGACACUCUUGUCACAUUUGGAACAACGUCAAGAAGUACUUCAGCAGUGUAUUAAUAUUAUCAAUGAUCUCUCUAAAUCUGACAAAUUAACUUUGGGCAAUAUAAAUAAAUGUUUAUAUUCUAGGCUUCACUUUCUGUGGUUCCGUCUUCUUCCAUUAUUGGUACUAUCAAACAUUCUUUUGACAUCAAGCUGUAUUUUGUUACAAAUGCUGUAAACCUGCAACAA